AGCCGAUGCGAUGUUGUUCCCCAACUUUCCUAAAGACCAGAUGCAUCAUGGUUAAUGUAGUUCGUUGUUGUCACUCCCAGCCGCAACUGAAGCUUUGAAUGCUCCACGGUUCAGCUAUAUCCCAGGCAGAUCAGCUGACUGAGGAACAGAUUGCUGAGUUCAAGGAGGCAUUUUCCCUCUUUGACAAAGAUGGCGAUGGUACCAUCACUACCAAAGAGCUGGGCACUGUGAUGCGCUCUCUAGGCCAGAACCCCACAGAGGCUGAGCUGCAGGACAUGAUUAAUGAAGUGGAUGCUGAUGGCAAUGGAACCAUAGACUUCCCGGAGUUCUUAACAAUGAUGGCCAGGAAGAUGAAAGAUACAGACAGUGAAGAGGAGAUCCGAGAAGCCUUCCGAGUCUUUGACAAGGAUGGAAACGGCUUUAUCAGUGCAGCUGAACUGCGUCACGUUAUGACUAACCUGGGUGAGAAGUUGACGAACGAGGAAGUGGAUGAGAUGAUUUGAGAGGCUGACAUUGAUGGUGAUGGGCAAGUGAACUAUGAAGAGUUCGUGCAAAUGAUGACUGCAAAGUGAAAGGUGUCCUUCUUUCUGUCUCUUACUCUUCCAUUCCUUGUCCUAAGAUCACUCUGUCUUUAGAAAAAACAAUCAGAAGUUUAUUUCAGCUAAUACUAAGUAUUUCAAAUUCUCAGGCCAAAAUAAAACCACAGUGUAUUUUAUCAAGAAUAAUUGCAGAGUAGUCUCAGCAGAUGUGAAUGGAUGAAGCAUAACUGCAUUAGCCGUUCUGGAGCGAAUGUCUCCAGAUCUGUCACAAUUUUAGGACAGAGCGACACACAAGUGGGGUUGAAGAUUAUGUGUAAGAUGGCUGUACUUUCCGUGCGGUGAACAUUUCUCCUUUUAAACAUGUGGGGAAAAAAACAAUUAAUUAAGUCAAAUUAGUUGUACUAAUUGUUAUAAGGGUGGAAGUGUUUCCUUCGUUUAGAGAGAACAAUAACUGCAUGUGCCCUUUGUGGUAAGGUCUUGCUUUGACUCUUUAACUCAUCUCCUCUGUUCCAAUCUAAAUUUUGAAUGAUAACACAACUGGAUAUUUAUAAUACAGAUACUGUAUUAUAAUUCAAAACAUACUUAAACAUUUUCAACAUAGGUAUCACUGGAGUUUGAUGGCAGCACAAAAUAAAUAUGGCUACUGAGUUAGAGUGAAUUUCCAUGCAGACCAGUGGUUAUAUUUGUCUUUACAGAGGCACUGAAAUCUAAAAUACAUGGACUGAAGAACUGGAUAUUGAUGAAGUAAUCCAAAUGGUGCGAAUGGAAAAGAUGAAUGCUGUUCUCAGUGUUAAGCUUUUUAAAUGUAUUGUUCUUCACUGUUUUAAUGGUUUUAACAUGUGCCUCAGUCUUCUCACAAGACAACUUUUAGUCAAUUAUAUAAAAACAAAUACAUAUAUAAAAUCAUUCAAUAAAUACACACAAUGUACAGUCUGUUUGCACUUUAGUGUAAAAUAUAUGUUCAGUUACAGAUGGAGAAAUUGCUGUUCCUUUUGUUGUUUGUCUCUUGCUUUUGUGGUUUUGUCAGAGCCUCUUGUCAAGCUCUCCAGAUCUCAUCUGCACUUUGCAUGCAGUAUAACUGAAAAGAGUAACCAGGGUCCAUUACGGACGGAAGAUGAUGAUUCUGAUAACUUGUUCGUUUUGAAUAUUCAAAGUAUUAUUGGUGAUCUGUUAUGAUUAUUAUGAACAAUAGCACUACAGAGUUUUACUGUUUGACUAUUCAGGAAGGUCCUAUAAUGGUUUUUGGUCAGAUGUAGAAAAUGGAAAGCGGAGAAGGAUCAAAGACUGCUCAAGAUGUGAAAAGUGUAUGAAUAAUAUGUACCAUAUAUGUAAAUGUUUUCCAGUAAAAAUAAAUAUACCUUAAU